UCCAAGCAGCCUGGCUUUAGUUGGCGGUGGAGUAGAGAGCGGCGGGCGCGUGCUUUAAUGUUGUUGAGUGUUGUGCCCGCGCGCGCUAGCAAGGGUUCGUCGGGGCUCGCUACGCUGGUUUGUUUUGGGUGGCGAUUAACGAGCGGUGGCGGCGUCAUCUCUUGCAAGCGUGUUGCGCUAUAGGAUUUGGCGGUAUGGAAUGCAAGCUGGAGGCGCACCGCAUCGUCAGCAUCUCGCUGGGCAAGAUGUACAGCACGCGGGGCCAGCGGGGCGGCGUGAAAUUACACAAGAACCUUCUGGUGUCGCUUGUCUUGCGCAGCGCCCGGCAAGCCUACCUGAGUGAGCUCGAUUGCUCACCUUCGCCUCUCCCUGCUGACCUCUUACCGCCGGCUCCUGGUGCAGAUCCACUCCGGGAUGGAGGAAACCACCCGCCGCUGCCCCUCUUUCCUUCUUCUCCUCGGGGUUUUUUGCCAGCAGCGCAGGCGACGCUGCCUUCGGAACCGCGGGCUUCUCCGUUGCCCCGGAAGCUCCCGCCGGACUGGGAGGCUCAGCGGUUGGCACGCUGCUGCGGCUGUUGCUGCGCUUCUUUAGCAGACGGCGCUGGCAAGCGGCCAGCGGAAGCUCCUUCUCAGCCCUAUUGCCCCAGGAAGCGGAGCUCUGCGGUGCGACGAGGCGUUGCGGCCGAGGAAGCGUCGGCGGGGGGCUCUCCGUUGAAGAAGCCCCGCAGGGAAGACGAGGAGGACAUGGAGACGGGCAACGUGGCCAGUCUCAUCAGCAUCUUCGACUCCAGUUUCUCAGGACUGCUCAGCAAAAAGUCUUCCUCCGGCGACGGGAGGAACGGCAGGCGGCGGAGGCGGCUGGAGAUAGAGGAGGAGGAGGAGGAAUCGGCAGUAGUGGCGGAUGCUGAGCCCGGGCAGAUUUGUUGCGACGAGUCGAUGCUCCGCAAUCUCAGCCCUUGGAGUACCGCCAUCGUGGCUUUCUGAACUUCCCUGCUGGCGUGCCUUCCUCCGGUUGCAUAUGUUGGGACUCCAGAAAAGGGGUUGGCUGGACGUUGAUCCGGACUGAGGCAGUGAUCGGAGGGGUUUGUUUGGAAUUUCAAGCAGACUGACUGCUCUGGGCAGUUCGGUUUGGUAUCCAAUGGAAGCAGAGGACUUGCUCCAUACAAGGCUCGCCUUCUCUAGCAGAGGGGUAGGGUGGGGUGGGGGGUCAUUUGCAAUGGGACUGGACCAGGGCAGGAUGCAGCACUUAAAACAGGGGGCGGGGAGAUGGUCCUCUGGUUGUAACUUUGCAGCCUGCAUGAAAACAUUUUAACUUUUUUCCAUAACCAUUGGAAAGUUUGCUGUAAGCAUAAGAUUACAUUAUGGGGGAAGGGAACAUUUCUAAACCACUAGGUUGAAUGGAUGUGGUGCUGUUAAGGUGUGUUAAUUGCGUCUGCAGAUCUAUGGCUCAAGAGUUCUCUGGGGUUUUGAUUACUCCCAGUCUUUGUUUUAUAAAGACUGUUGGGAGGGAGGGUCGUCAUGGACGCUUUGUACAAUAUCUCCAGUUGAUGUGGUUUUGUAUGAACAUGUAACUUGCGUGUGUAACACGAAUUAAAUAUUUUCACAUUGUUAAA